AUGUUCCUGACCUGCGAGGGGACCUUGGGCAUCGUUCCGGCCACCAUGGACUACAACGUGCAAGCCCGGCCGGGCCAUUUCCACGCUGGCUACCAACAGAUCGAAGGCAUCAACUUGGGCUACUUACAGAUCAACGGCACCCAGAUGUUCGCGCUGGCCCAGGUGCUCAGCGACCUGUUCAAGGACAUUCCCAGGACCACCAUCAGCAAGAAGAUGGAAACCUUAAAGAUCAAGAGCCGCCGCUGCGACCUGGCCGAGCUGCGGACCCUCAAGGCCAUCAACUCGGUGCCCACGCGCGCCGUGAAGUGCUCGCUCAUCUCCAAGGCGGACCUGGAGGCUCUCUGCACCUCCUGCAAGAGCCUCCGCCGGAGGAAGAGGAGGAGGAAGAGCAGGAGAAGGGAGCAGCUGCUGCUGCCGGGCCCCGGGGAGUUCUUCCCCUGCCCGCGGCCCCCGCCCUGCCGAGCCGGCGGCUGCUGCGGUGCCCCCGGCCGGGCCGGGCCGCCCCCCGGCCCGCAGCAGCUCCAGCCCGCCCGGGGGGGGCUCUUUGGGGGGGUCCUGGCCGGCUCCCCCCGGGACCUGGCGCUGCUGGGCCCCGCGGCCGUGCAGCCCUGCGCGCUCCCGGUGCCCGCGGGCCGGCACCGGCGGGGCCCGGGCUGGCCCCGGGGGCUGCUCCCGCACGGAGCGGGGCCCGCGGCCGCCAGGAAGGGCCGGUGCCGCGGCUUCCCCGCCUCCAAGCGCCAGGGAACGUCCGCCGGCUACUCCAGCGACUCGGACUCCAGCCUGGACCUCGCCGCGUCCAGCCCCGCCACCUCCAGCGACUCCUCGGAGGAGGAGGAGGAGGAAGAGGAGGAGGAGGAAGAGGAAGAGGAAGGGGACAGCUCGUGUAGCAGCGAGGAGGGCAGCUCCUCGGAGUCGGAGAGCAGCUCGCUGUGCAGCGGGGACUCGGUGCAGAGCACGCGGUACCGGCAGGCGGCCCUGCCCCGCUUCCAGCCCCCCCGGGAGCCGCUCGGGGAGGAGCGGCCGGCGGAGCCCCCCUCGAGCAAAGCGCUGCGCCCCGACCCCGAGCUCCUCUUCCUCUCGCAGCACCUCUGGGCCCGCACCCUGCGAGCGUCAACUUUGGAAAGUUUGAGCGCGGCCGCAGGGCCGGGGGCUCAGCCAGGGCUCUACGCGAGGCACGAGGCCUCCCCUGCCUCCUCCUCCUCCUCUUCCUCCUCCUCCUCGUCGCCUCCUCCCUCCCCGAGCAGCAGCAGCACCCGCACCCCCGGGGGGGCCCCGCCACAAAAGGAGCGCGGCUCUGGGGACGCCGGAGGGAAGGAUUUGCACAAAGAUGCCUCGAACAAAAGCUCCUCGUUACAGCGGCCCGGCGGAGCCUCCCCGGGGCCGGCGCCUUCCCCCGAACCGGCCCCGGAGCUGCGGGCGAGCCCCGCUGCCCUCGCCGAGCCCCGGCCGGAGCAUUUCGACCGCUUGAUCCGCCAGUCCAAGCUGUGGUGCUACGCCAAGGGAUUCAACGUGGACGGGAAAAGUUUGCGGCACGGCCGGGGCAGCCCGGAGCCCUGGAGGGGAGCGGAGCUGCGCUUCCAGCCCUGCGGAGGAACCGAGAGCCCCGCGGCGCUGCGGGGCCGCCAGGACGGCAACGCCAAACGGCGGCGCCUGGCCAGGGUCAGCGAGAGGCAGCGCGGCCCCUCCAAAGCCAGGCCGCCAAAAACUCCCCGGAGGAAUUCCAGGAAGGGAAACGCUCCCUGCAAAGCCAGCCCGCCUCGGAAUUCCUUCAGCCUGAUGGGCAACUUCCCCUGCACGCCCUCGCUGGUGGUGGGCGAGGACGGGGACCUGUGCCCGGCCUCGUCGCUGGGUGGCAAAAACUCCUGGGCGCUGUCCAAGACGCACCCGCUGUGGCGGUGGCACCUGGGGGGCAGCGCCAUCCCCGUGCCCCCCAGCCUCAAAUUCCGCGGCUGCGCCAGCCUGGAGGAUCCCUGAGCAGCGCAGGAAAAACCCCAGGAUUGCGGGAGGGAAUUCCCAGCUCCAAUCUGGGAUGCAGGGAGGGAUCGGGAUGAGCUGGAGAAUGAUGAUGGCAAAGGCAAGAGCUGCAGAAUCCCAUUGGGAUGAGCUCCAGGCUGGGAAUCCCAAUGGGAUGUGGUGAGGAGUGGGAAUCCUGGAUGAGCUGCGGGAAUGAUGAUCCCAGGAGGAUGAGGUGCAGGAAUGACGAUCCUCAUGGGAUGAGCUGCAGGAUCCCAUUGAGGUGAGCUCCAGGAUGGGAAUCCCAUUGGGAUGCGGUGGGGAAUGGGAAUCUGGGAUGAGCUGUGGAAUGAUGAUCCCAAAGGGAUGAGCAGCAGGAUGGGGAUCCCACUGGGACUGUGGGACGGGGAUCCCAAUGGGAUGCGGUGGGGAAUGGGAAUCCGGGAUGAGCUGUGGAAUGAUGAUCCCAAAGGGAUGAACUGCAGGACGCCAGUGGGAUCAGCUGGGAUGAGCUCUAGGAUGGGGAUCCCACUGGGAUGAGCUCUAGGAUGGGGAUCCCACUGGGAUGAGCUCUAGGAUGGGGAUCCCAGUGGGAUGAGCUCUAGGAUGGGGAUCCCACUGGGAUGAGCUCUAGGAUGGGGAUCCCACUGGCAUGAGCUGUUGGAGAAGCUCAGUCUCCUGGGGUUAUUCCCAGUUCCGGGACGUUCCUCCCUUCCCCUGCAGACCCGAGGGACCGGAGGACACCGAGGGACACCGUCCCAGUGCCCCGGGGGGCUGUGGGGACACCCGAGCUGCCGGCGCCCUCCGCAGGGCUCCCUCCCACCGCCUGCCCGGCCGCGAUUUUGGGGGAAAAAAGGGCAUUUUUAAGUUUCUCCCAGCAGAGGUCCCUGGCUGCCUGCCCAGAGGCGCUCCCCGGGUCUCGGGGGAAUCCUCCGGCCCGAGGGGCUGGAAUGGAAUUCCCGGGGAACUUCUAAUUCCCCAUAAAUUAGAAUUUAUCCUCAAAAUUUAUUCCCAAAGAGAAAGAGGAAUGUGGCCAGGAAACUGCUCCUGGGUUUUCUUCUGGGUCCAAGGCAAGGGGAGUUUCCUGGGAUAUCCCAAAGGUGUCAGGACACAGAUUUUGGGAUCUGCAGGUCCAAUCUCAAACAAAAUUUUUCCCAAUAUUUCAGGAUUAUUCCACUUCACU